AUGCAAGUUACACAAAUAUCUGUGAAGAGAGGUGACGAGCAACAUGUUGUGCCUUCAACAGGAAGUAUUGUCACUGCCAGGGUGACUUCAGUGAAUCCUAGGUUUUGCAAAUGCAAAAUUCUCUGCAUUGAAGACACGGUAUUGAAAGAACCAUUUAGAGCAAUCAUAAAGAAGGAAGAUGUUCGUGCCACUCAUAAGGACAAAGUGGAACUAUAUAAAUGUUUCCGUCCCCGGGAUAUCAUCCUGGCAAGAGUUCUAUCUCUUGGUGAUGCCCUCUCCUAUUUACUUUCAACUGCUGAGAAUGAAUUGGGAGUUGUGAUAGCACAUAGUGAAGCAGGUGCAGCAAUGGUUCCUGUUUCAUGGACAGAGAUGCAGUGCCCAAAAACUUUCAUGAAGGAACCACGAAAAGUGGCAAAAGUUGUGCCUCAGGACUUUUUGGAACCUGCUCAGGCCCCACCUGGAAGAGAGGAAGCAUGA